UCCACACCGAGCAUUUUUUUUUCUCUGCACGGAUCCAGCUGCUCCCUUCCUCCUGCAGGCUUUCUUGUGUAUGGAAUGUUACAGAAAAUGAACCUUAAGGAGUUAACCCACCGAGGUUCGGAAGUGGAGAGUCUUUUGUACGAUAGAAAAUAUGAAGACGUGGCGUUGCACCUGACACAUUUUGAAAAUGCUACGGUCACUAUAGAGAUCCUCCAAAACACUGACAUUGUUCACGUUGUUUACAGGGUUUUAAAGAGCUGCCCGCAGGGUGUACUGAAAACAAGGGCCAAGUGUUUAUUAUCCAAAUGGAAAGCCUCGUAUAAAAAAAGCCACCUUCAAACCAGUAACCCGAAUGAAGGGUGUCCUGCUUGUGAAAACAAUAACGUGUCUGAGGAAGACAGUAUUGAGGUUCAUAAUAGUCGACCAGAAAUUGGAAUGCUGAAUACAUUGCAUUCAUCUAAUGAGAAGCACAAACAGAUAAAUGGGGAUUCAGAGUCGAGUAUAAGACAACACUGUGGAGAGGAGCCCACAUUGCCUGACAGCGGUCAGCAUCAAAAGAAGGUGGUUGUGGAAGAUUCCGUUUUGAGGACUAGAUUUACAGAUCUCCUAUGUGUUGCUUUGGUAGACCCUACAGACUGUCAAGAAAAAGCCCAGAAUUUAGCAAAGGAAAUCGAGGAGAAUAUCUUUCUUCUUCACAGCGGAAAUGACAAGAAAUAUAGAAACUGUAUUAGAAGCAAAGUUUCUAAUUUAAAAAAUCCUAAAAAUCACCAUCUGAGAGAGCAACUUUUCUCAGGGGCGUUAAGUCCAAAGGCGUUUGCUGAGAUGACGUCAAUGGAAAUGGCCAGUGAGGAACUUAGGACACUCCGUGCUAGCUACACUCAGGCGGGUGUCAGGGAACAUCAGCUUCCACAAAGCGUGGACGGAAUCCAGACCAAUAAAGUCAAGUGUCGGAAGUGCGAGAACUUUGACUGUAAAGUGACCGUGAUUUCCAGAGGAACUCUGUUUCUUCCUGGUUGGGUUCGCUCGAGAAACCCAGAUGAAGAGAUGAUGACGUUUGUUAUAUGCAAUAAGUGCGGAGAACAAUGGUACCAUAGUAGAUGGGUCUGCCUUUGAACUUGGCCACAAUGGAUGCUUUCUUAGAUGUCAACAGAGAGGAUACAUCCAAGUAAUUAUACAUUUGGAUGUGUUAUCUAGCACAGCGUUGGCCGAUUCUAUGAAAUCAGUGAUUUAACUUGGUGGAACCUGGGGAACUUUCAGGCAUCUGGCCCAAAGGCCACCAGUUUGGAAAACAAUAGUCUUUAGUCUGAGAAUUAAAAACAAAGAGGGACUUGGUGCAAUAUUUGAACAUGUUUUUAUUGUCUUAACAAACCUCUGGAAUGGUCAAUCCUGCAGAAUAAAUUCUUGCUUAUACUACUAA